AUGUCGACGGCGUUCGCUGGCCCCUGGAGCUGUUUGCCAGACUCACUAACACCAUGGAUCUUGGACGUUAUAGAAUCUAUGGGUCAUACAAGAAUGACACCCGUUCAAGCUUCUACAAUUCCUUUGUUCAUGAAACACAAAGACGUCGUCGUUGAGGCAGUGACAGGAUCGGGCAAAACGCUGGCUUUUGUCAUACCAGUGCUCGAAAAGCUCAUCAGAAGGGAGAGAAAAUUAGGCAAAAAUGACAUCGGAGCACUGAUAAUUAGUCCUACAAGGGAACUUGCAACUCAAAUCCAUGGCAUAUUUUCUGCGUUUCUCUCUGCGCAAGUAGUAUCACAAAAGUCUCUGGAUUCGGAUGACACGCCUAUACCUGAAUAUCCGCCUCCUUUACUUCUUGUUUCUUCAAAUCAAUCUUCGCCUGCUCAAGACUUGGAACGAUUUAUAUCAUCGGGAUCAGACAUAAUUGUCGGAACGCCUGGGCGAAUAGAAGAGUUUUUGCUAGGAAAGGGUCGUAGUGUGGUCAACGUGAAGGAACUUGAAGUCCUGGUCUUGGACGAGGCCGAUAGAUUGUUAGAUCUAGGGUUUCAAGCAACCUUGUCAAAAAUCCUGACGCAUUUACCGAAACAACGGCGAACCGGAUUGUUCAGUGCAACUAUGACGGAUGCUGAUGCAAUUUCUGAGCUUGUUCGCGCGGGAUUAAGAAAUCCUGCUCGCAUAGUUGUCAAGGUUCAAUCUAAGAGGCAAGGGGAUACUAAUAUGGUAAUUGAGGAGAGGAGAAUACCUGCAAAUUUGCAGAAUUUUUACAUCGCGUGUCGAGCAUCCGAAAAGACAGUUCAGCUAGCUCGCAUAAUAUCUCGCGAAGUCAAACAACAUGAUUCCUCCCAGUUCAUCGUCUACUUCGCAACGGGUGCAAGUGUCGACCAUUUUUAUGCUGUUCUACCCGCCGUUCUUCCUCUAGGGGAAAUACACUCUUUGCAUGGUCAUUUAACACCGUCAGCCCGAACACGCGCAUUAACGGCUUUCUCAACGUCAAUAUGUACCCCAUCGUCUCCGUCUAUCCUUCUCUGCACAGAUGUCGCUGCCCGAGGUCUCGACCUACCCCACGUAGACGUUGUUAUUCAAUACGAUCCGCCUACGGAUCCCAAAGUAUUUUCGCAUCGUUGUGGUCGUACUGCUCGUGCAGGACGGCGUGGGCGGGCAUAUACACUGUUAGUUGAUCGGGAAGUAGGCUACGUGGACUUUAUGAGUGUCCGGAGAAUACCCAUGCAGAAACAUCCUUACCUAGUCAAAGAGGGUGAGAUGGAUGUAGACGAUGACUCGCGCCCCGAUGAUCCCGACGGCGGUCUCUUUCUUGAAAAUAUACGACAAAAGCUGCUCACGGACAGAAGUUUACACAACCAGGCUGCCAAAGCAUUCGUAUCCUUUGUACGUGCAUACUCGAAGCACGAAGCGUCAUAUAUCUUCAGAACCAAAGACCUUGAUAUUGUGGGUCUAGCGAAAAGUUUCGGACUACUUCGCCUACCAAAGAUGCCGGAGCUCAAGGAUGUCGAUAAGAAUGAUUGGGCCGAUUCCGAGAUCGACUGGUCUCUCUAUGCAUAUGCCGAUAAAAUCCAAGAGGCUAAACGUCUCGCCGCUUUGACGGCCAAGUCCACAGAAGAAAAUCAGAAGGAACAAGAACAACGCAAAGCCCAACGAACCCAACGGAAGAAAGCUAAUGCGCCGUGGAGCACAAAUAUUGGGAAACAAGAAGAACGAGAAGUUCGAAAGCAGAAGAAGAAGAGGAAAAGACAAUGGUUGAAAACACAGGCUGCUUCUGAGGAUACACAAAACAAUAUGAAACGCACUGGAGAAGAUUUCGAAGAGGUUGAAGAGGACGACAAUGAUGAAGACUGGUCGGAAAUUGCCAGAGAAGAAAGGAUGGCGAAGAAAGUGCGCAAGGGGGAGAUAUCUAAGAGAGAGUUCGACGCGGAGUUUGGAGAUUUAUGA